AUAAUUGUGGUAGUUUGGUGGAAAUUUCUAGUUGUAAGUGAGUCAUUCACCAAUGCUCAGACAGAAUCUCAAAGAACCGGUUCAAAAGAACGAUUCGCGAAUCGAACAGCGCCAGUUACACACACGCGGCAGACGGCCAAAGGUUACACACGCAUCGCUCUCAGUUGAUAACCCGCGCCUGGCUCUCCAUAAACCUCCGGUUCUUGUUGACAUCCACCUCAUUCGCCCGGUAUUACGUAAACGACAAACAGGGAGAACGGUAAAGUUGCUCAAGGGUGCGCCUUGGACGCGGUGUCUGAUGUAGACUCGGUUCGGAGUUGAUCCCCCUUCCACUCACACCGCUGGCCUUCUAUCCAUUUCUCGACAGCCGGGAAAGAGGCGCUGGUCGCGGGAAUGGAUGCCGUGUGGAUGCUGCCUGUGCUGCUGGUGCUCCCGCUCCUGUUAUGGACCAGCAGCACGUUCGUUUUCUAUUUCAAAAAGUGCUUCUAUGUGGCGUACAUGAUGCUGCUGGCCGUUAUCUCCAUACCGAUUUGCAUUCUGAAAAGCGGCGGCAGGGACAUUGAGAACAUGAGGGUCAUCCGGUUCAUGGUUCGCCAUGUGAAGUACUUCCUGGGUCUGCGCUAUCAGGUCAGCGGUUGGGAACAUCUACAGACAGACGGACCCUACGUCAUCAUCUCCAACCAUCAAUCAUCACUCGACGUGCUAGGCGUGAUGGAGAUCCUGCCGGACCGCUGCACGAUGAUCGCCAAGAAGGAGCUGAUAUGGGCCGGGACGGUGGGCAUGAUUUGCUGGCUGGGAGGAAUCGUCUUCAUCAACCGCCAAAAGACCAGCGACGCCAAGAACGUCAUGAGCGACGCCGCUAAAACCAUGCUGGCCGACAAGAUCCGAUUGUGGGUGUUUCCAGAAGGCACACGGAAUCAGAACGGCGGGCUUUUGCCCUUUAAAAAGGGAGCGUUUCAUCUGGCCAUUCAAGCACAGGUUCCCAUCAUACCCAUCGUCUUCUCUUCCUACAGUAACUUCUACCUACGAAAAGAGAAAGAGUUCAAAUCAGGAAGCAUCACUCUGAAAAUCCUUCCAAAGAUCGAGACAAAGGGACUGACGGCAGACGAUGUGACGACGCUCUCCGAGCAAUCGUUUGGCAUCAUGCGUUCGGCCUUCCUGGAGAUCUCCGGUCAAACGGUGCAGAGCAACGGGCCAUCCACCCACUGAGCGCCCUUUCAUUCGCUCCGACAACAAGGAUGGCUUGAGGCUACUUCGUCGUCGUCGUGGUGAUGCUAACCAUGACAGCCAGGCGCUUUAGUGUCCUCUCCGACGUCCUCAUGAAGCAGGAACACAUGUCCAUACAGACAGACAGACACGUAUACAUUCACCUUGACUACGGUGCAUACAGCAGAUGUUAUCUUAGCCUAGUUUUGAUCUCCCGUUGGACUCCGGGGGGCGCUAAGCGACGGAACGGCGUUUUUUCUGGCGCACCGCUUUGUUCCACGUCAUUUUCGAUGUUGGUUCGGCUCGGACUGCUUUUGUCGGCGACAGGUUGAGUUUUGGAGCGACGCCCUGAGAACAUCGUGGAUGUGCGUUCGACAUGCAUGCCUUUUCUAUGUUCCACUUCCUUUAACUGAUCUACAAUGACUCGUUCUGUUCCUUUGUGUAGGUCACUUUUUCUCGAGGUUCUCUGCUUGCAUUAUGGAAAUCGGUGACAAACAUCUGUGUUCGUUUUACUUCUCUGUCUUUUUUUCGUAUGCAAGAGUAUUUUUCUUUAGACAUGCCCCUUUAUUGUUUUAAAUAACUUUAUUGAUUCAUUGACCAAAAAGAUUCAUUUGGAAAUGUCCAAAUGUGUCGUCACAACCAAGGAUUCGGAAAACUGCUUAUUAAUUCAGUUUCCUCUUUUGUCAUUAAAAGGUUUCAUUCGUAACGAAUAUCUCCAUUGUCACCUUUACAAAGUGCGGCUUCUUCUUGUGCCAUGUGUCCAAAGUGUCUCAGCCGUUGGCUGCGUAUAAUGGUAGAAUAUUGUGGAAAAACACUUGAUUAUUGAUCUGUGAUCAGGAUUGUUUGAUUAGCGUUUCGGAUAGAAAUACGUUCCAGUUGGCUUAAGUUCGGUGCUUUGCUCAUUUCCUGUUUUGGUUUGUUUUCAGGCUACAAAAUAAUAUUUUCAUUUCUAAAAAUGUAUUUAACAUUGUUCAAUCCUUUUGUUUAAACUAAAAACCAUUCGCAAGGGAAUUGUUAUUAUAAUAACUAAUCGAAGAAGUAUUAUCUAACACAUUAUAUAGAGUAUGGCGUUAUCUAAGCAGCCAAUUGAACUAAAAUGUGUUUAAGAGCCUUUAUUAUUAAUAGUCAGAUUUUGAAGGACAAAAUCAAAAAUCUAUUUUACAUUUGUUGGCAAAACUUGGAUUUUUCUUUCAAAACCUGCUGCUAAAAUUAUCCAGAGAAAUUAUUAUAAUGUAAAAUGCUGAGGUUUGUAAUAUUUUUAAGUGGAUGUUGACGAACGUGAUCAUAAAUGGCGCUAAAUUGCACUCUAGAAAUGAGCCACGUUCGCAGAUCGUCAACGUCUAGUAAUUGUCAUGAGCUUAUUUCUGCUCAUAGAUCAGGUAUUAAAUUUUAUCCUCAACUUUACAGUUUAACAAAAAAAAGUCCAUAUUUAAACAAAUUAUAAAAAUAAAUAUAUAUAAAUCUGAAUAUGUGAAAAUGGCAUUCACAAUUUAAUCUCAAAAGGACCAAUUAUUUAACACCUAUUUAUUAAACCAGACUGUAUCGACAGCUUAGGGCAGUAAAGUAAGAUGAAUAUUUGUUAUUACUUUCUAAUCGCAUUGCAUUGUUGAAUCUUCUAUUUAAUGCUUAUUGUUGCAGUUCUUAUUGUUUGUUAAGAAUGUAUAACAUCUGAUCCUUAAUUUAAUAUGUACAAUAUUAUUUAAGAGGACUGAAUUGUACGUAUCUUAUUAUAACGGCUCGUUGAGCUGAAAGACAUUUUGCUUUGAACGAAUGUUCAGUUUGGUUUAUGCUAAAUGUCCAAAUUAGGCCCUGUUAUUGUUAUUAUUUAGUACAAAUAUAAACUCUUUUAUGUUGUGUAUUAGUUCACAGAUUUUAUAAGCCCCUUGUUUUGGAUGUCAUUUUUGCCCUGCUGACUGAAAACCAUGCUGCGUUCACAAAACGGUGUGUACAAGGUGUUGUGUGAUUUUCACCAAAGCUAUUAAGGAUGUACAACAGGUGAAGCUUGUAAACGCUCUGAUUAUAAGAUCCGUUAGACAUUUCACGGUCAGCCUUGUGUACGUGUGUGUAUGAGAGAGAGAGGGAGUGUGUGUGUGUGUGUCCAUUGUGUGCGCUGAAUGUGUUUGUAUGGUGACCCGACACACAAAUGAGCUAAAGCCAUUGUAAAAUCUGUAACAUUAUAUAAGACGAUGAUUAUAUAUAAAAAUGUUGAUUGUGGUAGAAUCUCUGGAUGCGACCUGUGUUAAGAACAUCUAGGACAGAGUCAAUAAAAUCGUCCGUUUUUCCAA